AUGCUCGUACCUAUGCUCGUACCUCGUACCUACGCUCGUACCGAUGCUCGUGCCUGUGCUCGUACCUAUGCUCGUUCCUGUGCUCGUACCUAUGCUCGUGCCUGUGCUCGUACCUAUGCUCGUACCUAUGCUCCUGCCUAUGCUGGUACCUAUGCUCGUACCUAUGCUCGUACCUAUGCUCGUACCUAUGCUCAUACCUAUGCUCGUACCUAUGCUCGUACCUAUGCUCGUGCCUGUGCUCAUGCCUAUGCUCGUACCUAUGCUCGUGCCUGUGCUCGUAUCUAUGCUCCUGCCUAUGCUCGCACCUAUGCUCCUGCCUAUGCUCGUGCCUGUGCUCGUACCUAUGCUCGUGCCUAUGCUCGUGCCUGUGCUCGUACCUAUGCUCGUGCCUAUGCUCGUACCUAUGCUCGUACCUAUGCUCGUACCUAUGCUCGUGCCUAUGCUCGUUCCUAUGCUCGUGCCUAUGCUCGUACCUAUGCUCGUACCUAUGCUCGUACCUAUGCCCGUACCUAUGCUCGUGCCUAUGCUCGUACCUAUGCUUGUGCCUAUGCUCGUACCUAUGCUCGUACCUAUGCUCGUACCUAUGCUCGUACCUAUGCUCGUGCCUAUGCUCGUACCUAUGCUCGUGCCUAUGCUCGUACCUAUGCUCGUACCUAUGCUCGUACUUAUGCUCGUACCUAUGCUCGUACCUAUGCUCGUAUCUAUGCUCCUGCCUAUGCUCGUGCCUGUGCUCGUACCUAUGCUCGUGCCUAUGCUCGUGCCUGUGCUCGUACCUAUGCUCGUGCCUAUGCUCGUACCUAUGCUCGUACCUAUGCUCGUACCUAUGCUCGUGCCUAUGCUCGUACCUAUGCUCGUGCCUAUGCUCGUACCUAUGCUCGUACCUAUGCUCGUACCUAUGCUCGUACCUAUGCUCGUGCCUAUGCUCGUACCUAUGCUCGUGCCUAUGCUCGUACCUAUGCUCGUACCUAUGCUCGUACUUAUGCUCGUACCUAUGCUCGUACCUAUGCUCGUAUCUAUGCUCGUGCCUGUGCUCGUACUAUUCUUGUGCGUGUGCUCUUACCUCUGCUCGUGCCUGUGCGCGUGCCUGUGCUCGUACCUAUGCUCGUGCCUGUCGGACAAGUGGACGGCACAGAGAUGGACAAGUGGACGGCGCAGAGAGUUCUCGCCAAGGCAGCUGCCACAGGAAGGCAUCACGACUUGUGCUCUCUGUGUGCUCCCCCACCCUCCCUCCUCGCCACCCCUCCCCCUUCAGUGGACAAGUGGACGGCACAGAGAGUUCUCGCCAAGGCUGUGCUACAGGCGGGUGCACUCAUAACGUGUGGGAUCAUACAAGUGUGCCUGCUGCAGCGGCUCUUUGAAAAGAGGCUCAAGAUGAGCCGCGUGUAA